CUUACAUUUCUAUCUAUCUCUCUCUCACUUUAAAAGGGUUCUCUCAAAUUCCAAAUCUCUCUUUCAUUAUUCUUCAUCAUUGAAUUUGCAUCCAAAACACACCACAUUCAGAACAAAGCAUCACCAUACAUAUACAUCUCACUCAAAUCAUUAGUUAGCAGGUGUGCCUUUCAUAUAUGCAGAGUAAUUGAAAGGUUUGCUUUACUCAUUGAUUGUUCUACAAAAUUUGUAAGAUUCUCUCUGUUUCAUCACAAAAACCAGGGAAUGCUGAAAGAUGUGCUUGAUAGUCGAAAGUUCCUUCUCCGAGGAUAAAGUUCUUUCAUUUCCAUAUGAACAACCCUUAUUCAUCUUUGACAAGAUUGAAUGUUUAGUUCACUGCCCUUAUCAUCAACUUACUAAUUUGAAUAGAGAUCUUAACCAUUGUAUGAUUUCAAAAUACAAUGUUUGUGAGGACGGUUAAGCUUUCGACAUCUUGAGAAGCAGAUUCCGGUUCCAGCUGCAUAGUUAUACUUAUUUAGUACUAUUGGUAUAGAAGAAGGUGCUGGUAAAAAUGGAAGAGAAAGGAGGCGUGCUUAUGCAACGAUACGAGUUAGGGAGAUUGUUAGGCCAAGGAAAUUUUGCCAAAGUUUACCAUGGAAGGAGCCUUAUAACUGGAAUAAGCGUGGCGAUCAAAAUAGUCGAUAAAGAGAAGGUUCUGAAAGUGGGGAUGAUUGAUCAGAUUAAGCGCGAAAUUUCAGUGAUGAGACUAAUCAGGCAUCCACAUGUGGUUGAGCUUUAUGAGGUAAUGGCCACCAAAACCAAGAUCUACUUUAUCAUGGAAUAUGUUAAGGGCGGCGAGCUCUUCAACAAGGUACUAAAAGGAAAGAUCAAGCAGGAUGAUGCUAGAAGAUACUUUCAACAAUUGAUCAGUGCUGUGGACUAUUGCCACAGCCGAGGCGUUUGCCACCGGGAUCUCAAGCCGGAGAAUCUUCUAUUGGAUGAAAAUGGGAAUUUGAAGGUCUCAGAUUUCGGGCUAAGUGCGAUUGCUGAAUCUAGACACCAAGAUGGACUACUCCAUACUACUUGUGGCACCCCUGCCUAUGUUGCUCCAGAAGUGAUACUUAGAAAGGGCUAUGAUGGCUUCAAAGCUGAUAUAUGGUCUUGUGGAGUCAUACUUUAUGUUCUUUUGGCAGGUUAUCUUCCUUUCCGAGAUUCGAAUCUGAUGGAAAUGUAUAAGAAGAUUGGAAAGGGACAAUUCAAGUUUCCGAGUUGGUUUCCUCCGGAUGUGAAGAGAUUACUGUCUAGAAUCUUGGAUCCUAAUCCAAGGACAAGGAUAUCAAUGGCUAAAAUCAUGGAAAGUUCAUGGUUCAAGAAAGGGUUAGAGAAGCCAGUUGUUACUAAUGACAAUGAAGAGAAAGAGUUAGCUCCCUUGGAUGCUGAUGGAGUGUUCGGAUCAUGCGAAAAUGGCGGCCCUGCUGCUGAAUCAACACCUGAAUUUUCAAAGCCAAGCAACUUAAAUGCGUUUGAUAUUAUCUCCUAUUCGUCUGGAUUCGACUUGUCCGGCUUAUUCGAGGAAACUGAUCAAAAGAAACAAGUCAGGUUCACAUCUAACAAGCCUGCAUCCAUCAUAAUCUCUAAACUAGACGAAAUUUGCAAGCGCCUUCGGCUGAAAGUUAAGAAGAAAGAUAGAGGUUUGAUCAAGCUGGAAGGUACUAAUGCUGGCAGAAAAGGGCCAUUGGGAAUUGAUGCCGAGAUUUUCGAGAUCACGCCGGUGUUCCACCUUGUUGAACUCAAGAAAUCAAGUGGAGACACAUUGGAAUACAAAAAGCUGCUACAACAAGAAGUUAGGCCUGCACUUAAGGACAUCGUUUGGAACUGGCAAGGAGAAGAACCACAAGGAAUGUUGCAGAUACAGCAACAAAAUCAUUCACAAUCUGCCCAAUCAGAUGUGAUAACACAAUCAAAUUAGUUAAGAAUUUAGAAUAUGGUGUUCCUGAAUUUUCCUUGGUUGGCUAUUACUUGCAUCAUUAUCAUUUUUAUUUUAUUAUUUGUUUUAUGUUAGUAACCAUAGAAUGAUUAAUAUGGAGGUUGUUUUAGGCAAUAAGCAUGUAUGGUAAUGUACUAAGCUUUUAUUCAGAUUGCAUUAUUUUUCUUUCAAAAAAUUUUCUCCAUAUGUUGAUUCUGCUGGAAAUGGCAUAC